CGCUGAAGGCGGCGGCGGUACCGGAGCCCGGCCCCGCUCCCCGCCCACAGACCCGGCGGGACGGGGUCAGGGCGUCGCGGGCCUCGCCUCCUGCCCGCCCCCGCCAUCUUAAACCGCUACUCGCCGGCAGCGGGGCCAGCGCGCCGGUCCCACCGCCCGGGGAGAUGGCGGCGCCGGGCACGGCGGCUUGGACGUGGCUGCUGCGGCCGCCCACCGCCACCGAGCUGCUGCUGGCGGCCCUGUGCUGGCUCGGCUGCUACUGGCUGCUGCGGCGGCGGCCGCGGGCGCUGUCGGGGCUGCCGCCGGGCCCCGCGCCCUGGCCGCUCGUGGGCAACUUCGCCUUCGCCCUCCUGCCGCCGCCGCUGCUGCGCCGGUGGGCGGUGGAUGUGCGGGACUGCGGCCGCGUCUCCCCCGCCUUCUCUCCGCAUGUCUUCCUCACCAGCCUCACGAAGAUGUACGGCAGCGUCUUCCGCCUCUUCGUGGGCAGCCGCCCCUUCAUCGUGCUCAACACCUUCGAGGCGGUGCGGGAGGCGCUGGUGCAGAAGGCGGAGGUGUUCAGCGACCGGCCCUCCGUGCCCAUCGUCCUCAUGAUCACCCACAACAAGGGUGUUAUUUUUGCACCAUACGGUCCUGUCUGGAAGCAACAGAGGAAAUUCUCUCUCUCAACAUUGCGCCAUUUUGGAGUAGGGAGACAUAGCUUAGAGCCUAAAAUCAUUGAGGAGCUGAACUUCAUAAAGGAAGAAAUGCUGAAGCAUGGGAAGGAUCCAUUUAAUCCCUUUCCAAUCAUUCGCAACGCAGUGUCCAAUGUUAUCUGUUCCAUGGCCUUUGGCAAGCGUUUUAACUACGAAGAUGUUGAGUUCAAGACGAUGCUGAAGAACAUGGCCCGUGCACUGGAGCUGAGCGUGAACAGCUACAUGAUCCUGGUCAACAUCUGCCCUUGGCUCUACUACCUUCCCUUUGGGCCUUUCCGGGAGCUUCGGCAAACAGAACUAGAUAUUACUGCUUUUCUAAAGAAAAUAAUUGCACAGCACAGGGACACACUGGAUGCAGCAAAUCCCAGGGACUUCAUUGAUAUGUACUUCAUCCAUGCGGAAGAGGAGAAGAACAACAAGGAGAGCAGCUUUAAUGAUGACUACCUAUUUUUUAUCAUUGGUGACCUCUUCAUUGCAGGCACAGAUACUACUUCCAACACAUUACUGUGGUGCCUGCUCUACAUGUCCCUUUACCCAGAAGUACAAGAGAAGGUUCAUGCAGAAGUUGAAGCAGUUCUAGGACGUGACAAAGUUCCCUCGCUUACUCACAAGGCUCAAAUGCCCUUCACAGAGGCAACCAUUAUGGAAGUGCAGAGGAUGACUGCAGUUGUUCCCCUCUCUAUUCCUCGAAUGGCCUCAGAAACUGCUCUGCUGCAGGGAUAUACCAUUCCUAAGGGCAGUGUGAUUGUGCCCAACCUGUGGUCAGUACACAGAGAUCCUAACAUUUGGGAGAAACCAGAUGAAUUUCAACCAUCAAGAUUUCUGGAUGAAAAUGGGCAGCUAAUUAAGAAAGAAUCAUUCAUUCCUUUUGGAAUGGGUAAACGUGUGUGCAUGGGAGAGCAGUUGGCAAAAAUGGAGCUGUUCUUGAUUUUCACAAGUUUAAUGCAAAGUUUUACCUUUUUGUACCCUGAAAAUGCUGCAAAACCAUCCAUGGAGGGAAGGUUUGGUCUGACUUUGGCUCCAUGUCCAUUCAACAUAAUAGCUUUGAAGAGAUGAUAUAAAAUCAAAAAAGAUUUAGCAAAGAAAUACUGCACUUUUAAAAUCCAGCUUUUUGUUUCCAUCUCUUGUUUUUUUUUUCUCAGGAAAACACUAACUGCAUAUACUUUCAUAGCCAGUGAUCACUCCAUUUAGACUUCUGGAAAGUAAAGAUUUUCUUUGUCAGCUGUUGCAUUCCACAAACAAUCUGACAGCAUAGUUUUCAAUUUGAUAUUAAAACUUGCUGGGCUUAAACCCUGUCUGUAAGCUAUUGCUGUCAGUUUGUCAAAUGUUAAUUAUGGGAGAAUGGUCCAAAACAUCUGUUAAUGCUUUAGCAGAUAGUAAUUGUAAAAAAUUGUGAAAGCAGCACAUAAACAAUUAAUUUACCAAAGGAGUGAAGGACAUUGUAUAAUAUCAAAAGGAUUAACAAAUGACAGGGUGUUAGCAUUUUCUGUGUAAAGAAACAUUGUAAUUGAGCUUAACUAAUGACACACACUUUUUGGAAACUACUAAAUGACACUUCUAUUAACCUUGGAGGAUUCUUUCUUGCAAGUAACUCAUAGGUGUAGAUAGGAUUGAAUCAGUCUGGAUUCCUGGAUUCAAACAUACUUGACUAUCAGGGCUCACUUAAAACAUGUAGGUGCCAACUCUGAAAACCCCAGGUUUGAGGCCACAUGGAUGCUUGAAUAUGCCAUAUUCUCAACAUGAAACAAGUGUGCAGCAUAUGGAUGCAGAUGUUUUAUUUCGGCAUAUAAAUGAGAGCGGAAUCCCCUAACAAGAAACAGCAGAAGUCUGUUCUUUCUGGUGCCAAGCAGAUAUUCAAGAUGACAUCUGUGCUGCCUCUUGGCGUUCACUGUUUUCCCCACAGCAGCAGUGGCUGCAGUCUGGAUGAGACCAACACCCACUCAUAGGGAGAAACUCGACAUGUGCAAUCCUGGACUCAGGGCUUGCACUCAAGUUUUUCAUUCACCAGCAGUACGGACAGUACUGCCACAACCUCUACGGCUUUGGGAACUGGACUCUUCAAAUAUGACUUCACAGUGGCAUUAGAAGUGAAGGUCUUAUGCAUUUACCAUGGAACAGGAGGAAUCUGACAAACUUGAGGUUUGAGUAUAAUGUCUUUGUUAUCUUCCACACGAAGUACAAAUAUCUAGUUCAUAUAGUACUACUGUAUCAGUACCUUAUUCUUUAUAUAUGCAGAAUCUUAGUGCUGUUAACCACUGUUAAACCAAUGGCCAAGGAAACCUCAUGUUAGGUGUUUUGGAACAGGGCGAUCAGUCUUGCUUUGUAUUUGAAAGAUCUUUUAAACACAUCAAGUGAUCUUUGGGGGGGAAUAUGUAACAACCUUUAAUUAUUCUUAAUUAUUAUUAAAUUACUUUAUACCCCUUUUUAUCUAGCAGAAUUUCAUAUCACAUGAAUUAAGUUCUUAUGUACUCUUUUAAAGAAAGUUUUCUCCCCGUCACUGGAGAUCUAGAGAAUACUGGGAGUCCUCCUAAUGUCAAGUUUACAAGACUGGAAUGUUAAUUUGACUGUAAUUUAGAAUUGGGUAUUCCAUGGCAGAAACUGAAUCUAAAUUGUAAAAGAAGAAUCAACUUUUCAGCUUUAAAUUAAUGUCUGUUUCUGUCACUUUUAAACUUGAAAUUUUAUAAGCCAGGUAGUGCCUAACAGAGACUGUAAGAUAGUUAUUUCGGAUUUAAAUUAAGGUUUUCUGUUACCUGUUUUGAAUAACAGAGUGUCUUAAUUUCUGAAUUAUGUAUUUGAUUGGUCAGGUAUCCCUCUGUUUGUGUGAGAACUUCCAGUUCUUAUGUGGGCUAACUUUGGACUUCAUAAGCUUCUGUUGAAUUUUUUAUUAGUAUGAAAUUUUUGAAAACUUAGCACGACAAAAAGUUGAAUUUGAUACCAAUGCUAGUGAACUUGCUCUAAAAGCUAACAGUAUUGGAGAAUUAAGCACUCGUUUCUUUAAUUUUGUAUUUUCCAAUGAAUAAAUAGAUUCUGUACAGUCAGGAUUUUUGUCUGAAAAAUCCUUAAAAUAGUAUAUGCUUGACUGAGAAGCUAAAAUUUAGUGCUGAUAAUAUUUAUCUUUCUGUUGAAAUGCCUUUUAAGCAACAUAAUGAUGUUGGUGUGCAACUGAUCACUUAUACAAAAUAUCUGUCCUUUUGAUCAAUGAGGACACAUUUGAAAAGCACUUUAGUGUUUUAUUUUUACAUUUUCCAAAGAAAACACAAUUUGCAUAAUCCCCUAGUAUGUGAAAUUGUACAUAUUUGUGCUUGUUUUGCCUGCUGAGUUUAGUUUAAAAUGUCACCUUUGAAAACUAUCCUUUGAAAAUUAUUCUUCUGCAAAUAGUAUCUUGAGAAUGUGGUUUUUGGUGAUACCUGUAAUCAAAUGCUGCAUCGUGUGACAAGCUAAAAAUACUGAUGCGAAGGUUCAGUCACGUCAGUGUCUGUCAGAAUGCAAGAUGCCGUUAGAAAUUACAAUAAAGACUUGCCUUUCAUGCCUUCUAGAUGCACUGAAAUUUUCACAGGAUGCCAUCAAAGUAGCUAAACAGUAGCAUAAAAGCAACAAAAUCUUUGUGGUUUUCAAAGCGUGUUGCCAUCUUUGGCAAACUAAGUAAAAUGGUAACAGAUUUGGUUUGUGUUUGUAAAUAUAUCCUCCCCCUCUGUUUUUUUAGCAGAGGAAGCAUAUCAAAUGCCUUGUUGAAAAAUGUAUAUAUAAGAGUGGCUGUUUCUGAAUGCUGAAAAUAUCUGUGUCUAAAAAUUACUUCAGACUUUGCUUCAAUAUAUUUUUAUUUUUAAUAAAGUAAUUCCCAAGUAA